AAGUUGGAGAUGUUGCAAGAGCCAACAGUGUGAUUUCAGGAAGUCGCGGUGAAGUUGCAUCGACCGAGGGAGCAUCUUCCAAAACCCAGAUCCACCUUCUCGAUGGCCAACCCCUUCAGGAGGCUGUGCCCCUGCCUCAGUGCCUCUUCCAGGAGCAGCCGGGAUGGCAAGAAGGAUUCGCAGCGACCAUCCAUAAAGUUGGGUGGCGGAGAGAGGCGGCGCUCUGCGCUCUUCACUACGAUCCACGACUUCGGGGUCAGGAGCAGCGGCGAGCUCUCCUUCCAAACCGGGGACCAGUUUGAGAUCUUGAACGGCGAUGCUGACUCCGACAGGUCGUGGCGGUUCGCGAGGAAACGGAGUUGCCACGACGGCGGCAAGUGCAGAGGAUAUAUCCCCUCUAAUUAUAUCGCCAGCAAUGAGAGUGUGGUCACUGAACCGUGAGUCCCUGACAUCAAUCACCCUGACAUUAUUGGUGGUUACACAAAAAAGCUGGAGAAACUCAGCGGGUGCAGCAGCAUCUAUGGAGCG